UAAAUUGCUUCCUGCAUUUUUCUGGUCCACGAGUGUUGCAAACAGAUUUCGCGUCAAUUCAAAUACACCGAAUAUCAGACGUCUUCCGCUAGCAGCCAUCGAAAGGGGUUUAUAAGUGUACGCUAAAAUGCUUCCGGUAUUGGUGUUACUCUCAUUUGCAACAACCCAAGGACUUUUUGUCUCGGCGCAAAAUACAGCAUCUGAUGCAGAUGUUCAAACACACAAGAUCCGCGUGCCUCGUUCUCCCGGUGCGUCCUUUACUAACAAUCAGAGUAUUCCAGACAAUAGCACAACAGCCGACUCAUUAGACGACAACAUGAACAUCGGAGGAGGCUGCAAACGAUGUGGUGUUAGAGCGCCUCCGAUAAAGGGAUCUUUAGAAUACAAACUGCGGAUCGAGAUGAUUAAACGACAGAUACUUUACAAACUACAUAUGGACGAAGAACCCAGAAUCCAGCGACCAAAACGAGCGAUUCCGUUGCCAUUGGUCGACGCAAAAUUCCUGGAAACACCACUUGUGAGAGAAGAUGUAGACGCUCAAGAAGCCAAAUCAGCGCAAGUUAUUGUACUUGGAACAAAGGCUAUUUCGUCACACAGCAGAAAAAAUACCAGAAUGUCCAGGAAAAUGCAUUUUAACUUUCACUUUUCCAACAAGAUUUACAAGAACGACAUUCUGAAAGCUACUCUUUGGGUUUAUCGAUCGACAGUAGUAUUCAGAGGACAGACGCUCAGGGUAGCGGACUACGAUUCCAAUAUUUCCAAAGGCAGAAAGUCAAAGGCCCGAAACGCAAUCCAAAAACAACUUGAGUCUAAAGAUCAAGGCUGGGUCUCCGUUGACGUCAAAACUAUCGUAGAUUCAUGGAUAACGAGGACAUUCAAGAACAAAUCACUAAAUCGUACUAAUAUCAUCCAUACGUUAGAAUUAUCUUGCGCUGGAUGUUUAUCAUCUAAUGAGCCCUUUGCUUGCCGAGGUCAGCAACGCCCCUUUAUGGUACUCGAUUUGGCAACCGCUAAAAAGAGUUCCAGGAAGAAAAGAGCCAUUAACUGCAGGCCAGGAAUGAAAGAUUGCUGUCGCCAGCAGUUCUAUGUGUCUUUUAAAGACAUGGGAUGGCACAACUGGAUUAUGGCACCAUUAGGAUUCAAUGCAAACUACUGCACUGGAUCGUGCUAUGGCCAUGUUCUUCCAGUCUACCACCAUACAGAUAUCUUACAAAAAGUGGCCAUGCUUAAUCAACAGCGUGAGAUCGCUCCCUGCUGCUCCCCUACCAAGUUAUUUGGCUUAUCUCUGAUUUAUUUUGACAAAGACGAGAAUCUUUUUCACGAGAAUGUGCCUAACAUGAUAGUAGAUGAGUGUGGUUGUUCAUAGUGUCUUAGGGCCUCUUCCACAUCAAUCAACCAGUGUGCGCAUGCAGCAUUCAAGAGAAAGAACCAGAAAAUGGACUUUGUACUUGUGGCGUAGGAGAUAAUGAAAGUGUCCUCUCAUCGACUCAUUUUAUAGAUCACAUUAGUACGAUAGUAUUUGGCCAGGAAUUUGCAAUGAAUGUAUAGAACGUGUACAAGCCAUGAACACUGGACGUGAUUGCUCUUGGCAUUCAAUUUUUAAAUGUAUUGUGUCAGCUUUCUAGUAAAGAAAACGCGCAAAAAAAGCAUUUCCAAAAUCUGCCAAUAUACGUUGAACACUAAAUUUCAUAGUAACGGUUGUAGGUAUAUCUCGUGAAAUUAAUAACUUUUUAGAAUAUAAUAUCAGAAUGAAAUGGGAGAGUCGAGUGUCGCCCAACCUGAGGAUUCUAUCAAGGUUUAUACUUUCUCAUUACGCUCGUACGGAAAGAAUCAAUAAGAACAAGCUUAAGAUUUUUUUUUUUUUUUUUGAGAACGAUUUUGUCGUAAUACCGUCGUUUCAAUGGAUUUUUUAAAUAUCCCAUGCAGGGAAAAAAUGCUAUUAUCUAGUUAUUUUGAGAAAAUUCUAUGACCUUUGGCAAAAGCUAGAGGUCGUUUUUGUGCAGUUUUCUUCUCACAGCGUUUGUUGAAAUACGUGAGAAGUCCAAGAGGGACAUUGUAGCGAAAUCCAAAUCUCUAGCUUGUAGUGUUUUGCUGCGUUAGGUGCCUACAUCUCUGAAACUCUCAUAAACUGGCUCACUUUAUUUGUAUGUAACGAUCGAAUCGUUUAAACAAUUCAUACUAUAAGUUGGUAGCUCUAAGGAGUUAGAUGUACGUAAAUUUUCUUCAGUGAAAUCUCAGUCAGUCUUUCUUUCAAAGAAUGUGUCUAGAUAAUUAUAGAUAACAAAGUUGUUUGUGGAAUUUAUAAUCCAUCACAUUAAUGGGGGUAAUCUUAACGUAUUGAGGCUUUUUGUCCUUAUUCUCAGCAUGAGAAUUCACCACGUUCGACAAGACAAUACCAUGCAAUGAAAGAUGACUAAAAUAUGGCUUGGUGAGGGGGAUUCGACACGACUUAAGGUUUUCAAGUAAGCAUAUGAUACACAUAGAGGUCCAUGUUUGAUCCUAUCCUAACCUUUUUCUUAUAUUUAGCGAUAAUGUGAGAAAUCCGGCAUCGCUUGAUUUAAUCGAUUAAUUGUAAAGUUAUUUAGACAAGGGUCACGCCCCCUUGACCAUAGAAUUCCAUUCAUAUCAUUGAUCUUCGAACUCUCUGAAAUCAGUAAACAUUGUAUCCUACUCAAGUUACUGAUUACCAGGCCAUGAACCAUAGACAAGAUGAUUUCUUUCAAUAGUGUCGCGGCUAGCACGAAUGCUGGAAAAGAACAAAAAAGCUUCAAACACGAUAGGGGUAAAAAAUAGGCUCCUUUUACGAAACUUAGGAAAUAAUUUAGGUAGAAACAAGAUUUACAAAUAUAUCAUUGAGUUGUACUUUUUAGCUACAAAGGACAAGACGUCAAAACCAAAUGUUUGAAGUGUUACUUAGAUGAUCUGAUAAUAGUUAUCGGUGAUGGAAAUAAAAUAUGAACUCUCUCUUUUUG